CCGCCCCGAGCGCCCGGCGAUGCCACUCGGGCCGCCGGGCGCCGCCGCCGCCGCCGCCGCCGCCUCCCGCCCGGCUUCGCCCCUCCUGGCAGUCGGGAACUUGUUCUGAUCCUCGCGCGCCCCUCGGAUCCCCGCUCUCCAGUCCUCGGCAUCCCGGCUAUGUUUUCUCCCAGACCUGGCUAUUUUUUUGAUAUCGUGAAACUACGAGGGAAAUAACUGUGGGGCUUUCCGCAAGGUCUUCCGGCUGCUUCCCACGGACAUGCCUUCAACUGGGGGGGCCGAGGCACCCCGUUCUAGGCGAAGGAACCCGCCCGGCCGCGAGGGCGAGAAGUGAAGGGAAUUUGGGUAGCGGCAUGAAAGCUCUGCAGCCAGGUCCCCGCAUCUGCCAUUUGUCCUUUCAAACUGCACUGUAAUCGGGCCCGAGCGGACGAGCCCGCCGGCUGCCCUUCUCCGCCCGGUGUUUACUUCCCGGCGUUCGGUUCUCGGCUUCGCUGCUGCUCGGCUCGGCGCGGGGAUGACUCCGUCGCGCCCGCGGCCCCGGGGGGUGCCCCCGCUCGUGUGCGCCGUCCUGCUGCUCGGCGCUGCGGCCGCUUCUCAGAAUCAAGAACGGCUGUGUGCAUUUAAAGACCCAUAUCAGCAAGACCUUGGUAUUGGUGAGAGUCGAAUCUCCCAUGAAAAUGGAACAGUAUUAUGCUCAAAAGGUAGCACCUGCUAUGGCCUUUGGGAGAAAUCAAAAGGGGACAUAAAUCUUGUAAAACAAGGAUGUUGGUCUCACAUUGGAGAUCCCCAGGAGUGUCACUAUGAAGAAUGUGUAGUAACUACCACUCCUCCCUCAAUUCAGAAUGGGACAUACCGCUUCUGUUGCUGUAGCACAGAUUUGUGUAAUGUCAACUUUACUGAGAAUUUUCCACCUCCAGAUACAACACCACUCAGUCCACCUCAUUCAUUUAGUCGAGAUGAGACAAUAAUUAUUGCUUUAGCAUCAGUCUCUGUGUUAGCUGUUUUGCUAGUUGCCUUAUGCUUUGGAUACCGAAUGCUGACAGGAGACCGGAAACAGGGUCUUCACAGUAUGAACAUGAUGGAGGCAGCAACAUCAGAACCCUCUCUUGACUUAGAUAAUCUGAAACUACUGGAAUUGAUUGGCCGAGGUCGAUAUGGAGCAGUAUAUAAAGGUUCUUUGGAUGAGCGUCCAGUUGCUGUAAAAGUAUUUUCCUUUGCAAACCGUCAGAAUUUUAUCAACGAGAAGAACAUUUACAGAGUGCCUUUGAUGGAACAUGACAACAUUGCCCGCUUUAUAGUUGGAGACGAGAGAGUCACUGCAGAUGGACGCAUGGAGUAUCUGCUUGUGAUGGAAUAUUAUCCAAAUGGAUCUCUGUGCAAGUAUUUGAGUCUUCAGACAAGUGAUUGGGUAAGCUCUUGCCGUCUGGCUCAUUCUGUGACUAGAGGACUUGCUUAUCUUCAUACAGAAUUACCACGAGGAGAUCAUUAUAAACCUGCCAUUUCCCAUCGAGAUUUAAACAGCAGAAAUGUCCUGGUGAAAAAUGAUGGGACCUGUGUGAUCAGUGACUUUGGGUUGUCCAUGAGGCUGACUGGAAAUAGAUUGGUGCGCCCAGGGGAAGAAGACAAUGCAGCCAUAAGUGAGGUUGGCACAAUCAGAUAUAUGGCACCAGAAGUUCUAGAGGGAGCUGUGAACCUAAGGGACUGUGAAUCAGCUUUGAAACAAGUUGACAUGUAUGCGCUUGGGCUUAUCUAUUGGGAGAUAUUUAUGAGAUGCACAGAUCUCUUUCCAGGUGAAUCUGUACCAGAAUACCAGAUGGCUUUUCAGACAGAAGUUGGAAACCAUCCCACUUUUGAAGAUAUGCAGGUUCUGGUAUCUAGGGAAAAACAGAGACCCAAAUUCCCAGAAGCAUGGAAAGAAAAUAGCCUGGCAGUGAGGUCGCUCAAGGAGACAAUCGAAGACUGUUGGGAUCAGGAUGCAGAGGCUCGGCUUACUGCACAGUGUGCUGAGGAAAGGAUGGCUGAACUGAUGAUGAUAUGGGAAAGAAACAAGUCUGUGAGCCCCACAGUCAAUCCAAUGUCAACUGCUAUGCAGAAUGAACGCAAUCUGUCACACAAUAGGCGUGUGCCAAAGAUUGGACCUUAUCCAGAUUAUUCUUCUUCCUCAUACAUUGAAGACUCUAUCCAUCACACUGACAGCAUUGUGAAGAAUAUUUCCUCUGAGCAUUCUAUGUCCAGCACACCUUUGACUAUAGGGGAAAAGAACCGAAAUUCCAUUAACUAUGAACGGCAGCAAGCACAAGCUCGAAUCCCUAGCCCUGAAACAAGUGUCACCAGCCUGUCCACUAAUACAACAACCACAAACACCACUGGUCUCACUCCAAGCACUGGCAUGACCACUAUAUCUGAGAUGCCGUAUCCAGAUGAAACAAAUCUCCAUGCUGCAAAUAUUUCACAGCCAAUAGGGCCAACCCCUGUCUGCUUACAAUUGACAGAAGAAGAUUUGGAGACUAACAAGCUGGAUCCAAAAGAAGUUGAUAAGAACCUCAAGGAAAGCUCUGAUGAGAAUCUUAUGGAGCAUUCUCUUAAGCAGUUCAGUGGGCCAGACCCCCUAAGCAGUACCAGUUCUAGCUUGCUUUAUCCACUCAUAAAACUUGCAGUAGAAGCAACUGGACAGCAGGAUUUCACACAUGCUGCAAAUUGUCAAGCAUGUUUAAUUCCUGAUGUACCACCUGCUCAGAUCUAUCCUCUUCCCAAACAGCAAAACCUUCCUAAGAGACCUACUAGUUUGCCUUUAAACACCAAAAAUUCAACAAAGGAGCCCCGGUUGAAAUUUGGCAGCAAGCACAAAUCAAACUUGAAACAAGUAGAAACUGGAGUUGCCAAGAUGAAUACAAUCAAUGCUGCAGAACCUCAUGUGGUGACAGUCACCAUGAAUGGUGUAGCAGGUAGAAACCACAAUGUUAACUCCAUUGCUGCCACUACCCAAUAUGCCAAUGGGGCAGUACCAACUGGCCAGACAGCCAACACAGUGGCACAUAGAUCUCAAGAAAUGCUGCAGAAUCAAUUCAUUGGUGAGGAUACCCGACUCAAUAUUAAUUCCAGCCCUGAUGAACAUGAACCUUUACUGAGACGAGAACAGCAGGCUGGCCAUGAUGAAGCUGUUCUGGAUCGUCUUGUGGACAGGAGAGAACGGCCACUGGAAGGUGGCCGAACUAAUUCCAAUAACAACAACAGUAAUCCAUGUUCAGAGCAAGAUGUUCUUACACAGGGUAUUCCAAGCACAGUAGCAGAUCCUGUACCAUCAAAGCCCAGAAGAGCACAGAGGCCUAAUUCUCUGGAUCUUUCAGCCACAAAUGUCCUAGAAGGCAGCAGUAUGCAGUUUGGUGAGUCCAUACAAGAUGGCAAAUCAGGAUCUGGCGAAAAGAUAAAAAAACGUGUGAAAACUCCCUAUUCUCUUAAACGAUGGCGUCCUUCCACCUGGGUCAUCUCCACUGAGCCACUGGACUGCGAGGUCAACAACAAUGGCAGUGACAGGGCAGUUCAUUCUAAAUCCAGCACCGCUGUUUACCUUGCAGAAGGAGGCACUGCCACAACCAUGGUGUCUAAAGAUAUAGGAAUGAACUGUCUGUGAAAUGUUUCCAAGCCUUUGAAGUGAAAUUAUUUUUUGCAUCAUUUAAAUGUGCAGAAGACAUUUUUAAAACUGCUUCUCCUCCUGUCAGUACCCUUCCAAUCCCUGCAACAAGGACUUGCUUUAAAUAGAUUUCAGCUAUGCAGAAAAAUUUAGCUUAUGCUUCCAUAUUUUUUAAUUUUUUUAUGUUUUUGCACUUUUGUUUAGUCUUGCUAAAGUUAUAUUUGUCUGUUAUGACCACAGAAUUAUAUGUGUGUGUAUCAAAAGUGGUCUCAAAAUAUUUUUUUAAGAUAAAAAGCAAAAAACAUUGUAUGCUGAUAAUCAGUUUGGACCAGUUUCUAAAGGUCAUUAAAACAGAAGCAAAUUAAGACAGUUUUGACUGCAAUGGUGUCUGGUAUCCAUGUUUUAUUUCUGGGCACAAGCUAGUUUAUACGUUCCUGAACAUACUCUCUGUUGGACAUUCUUCUUCUUGUGUUUUGUUUGAAUGUGCAAUAGUCUAUAGGCCAGAAAUAAACUUUCUUGUAAGCUCUCUUCCUAAUAGAGUAUACAUUCUUCCAUAAUAUAAACAUUUUUUCCCCUGUCCCCCAUAUAUUUUGGUAGAUCUGUUCAGUGACAGUGAAUUUUGCACAAGAGAAAGCAGCUACCUGAUUUCUUAUUUUCUCCUUAUGGGAUAUGCAGAAACACUGUCUUAAAGGGCUCUAAAAGAAGGAACAAAACCUAAUUUGAAAUGCCAUUUCUUCUUACCUUCCAAAUACUAAACAUUUCCUUCCAGGCAUUUUUUAUGCCAGUGAUCAUAUCUAGGGCCUCAUACAUGCAAGGCAUGCGCUCUACCACUGAGAUACAUCCCAGUCCCUCUUCCAACAUUUUAAGAAUUACAUUUAGUUCUGGUUUUAGAGUUCAUAAGAGAGCAUAGAACAAAUCAGAGAAAAUUGAAUAAUAGCCUUUUUUAAUUUUUAUUUUAUUUUUGUAUGUGUGAUCAUGUUCAUACUCAUUUAUUUAAGAAGCACAUUUUUUAUUGAAAAACUUAUAGUAGUAUACUUAUAUGGAAUUUUUAAGUGUUAUAGCCUUCAUUUGCUGAGUGGGCCAUCUUUGGUUUUUUGUUUUGUUUUGGGGCCACAUCUGGCAGGGCUCAGAGGUUACUCCUAGCUCUGUGCUCAGGAAUCACUCCUGGCAGGGAUCAGGGGACCUUAUGGGAUGCCAGGGAUUAAACCCAGGUCACCCAUGUGCAAGGCAAAUGCCCUACCCACUUUACUAUUUCUCUGGCCACACAUUGCCUAUUUAAAAAAAUAAAAAAACUUCUAAAGUAAUUCAUAGUUUUGAACCUAUCUUUUUAUUCCUUUUCCAAGCAAAACCUGGUAACUUAUCUGAAAAUUAUUCUUCUUCCCAUGACCUAAAACACUGUGUAGAAAAAUCAUUCAUCCGGCAUGCCAAAUCCCCAUUGGAGAAAGGAUUGCUGCCAGUCCUUUUCCUUUUAGUAGACUGAGACUUAAGUCUGUUUUCAAAACUAUAUUUCUUCACUAAUCCUAUUUUCAUAAUGUCUCCUCUUGCCAGUUGUUCACAUAUUCUUUAAUAUGUGUGCAACCUUUAUUAUUUACAUUAGAUCUUACCUUUCAGUGAUAACAUAUAUCCCUGAAAUUGUGCUUUUUAAAGCUUCUUUGCUUCUUCCAUUAAUAACUGUUUUAAAACUACAACCUCUGCAUUGUUUUUUAAAAUAAAGCACUUUCUUUAAAAUAAGGGACCUUUUUAGAAGUCACACAUUUUCACUCAAUCUGCAAAUAACAAUGAUAGCACUAAGAGAAAUAUGCGAAAACCCAAAUUUCUGAUUUAGGUUUUUAUCUCAAAUAAUAUUUUCUCAGCCAUAUUAUUCUAUUUUCAUAGUUUAACUAAAAGAAGCUUCAUAUUCCUCAUUUGCUGUCCAAUAUGCUUGUGACUGACUUGUGUAUAAGCCUUCUUUUGUUUGACAUCUUCUAUGAAUUUCUGAGUUAGGUGUUAACCACACUUUACUCAGCUAAAUUACUAAUCAGUUUUAAAUUUUUAGAAGAUUGACCAGUGCCUAGGAUUACUACCUUUUCUGUUUUAUUGACCCUUCUCUUGAUUCAUAGCCCUAUCAAUAUUCUUCUAUCAUAAAACCUUUUCAUUGUUUUUCUUUUCUAUGGCAAGUUACUUUUAUCAUUCCCAGCAAAUUUUAUUUAGUUCUCUUGCUUUUGUCUUCCACUAUAUUUCAAGAUACUGUUUUAAACAUUUGUAAGACAUUGGUGGUCAAAUAAAUUAUAUUCCAUCUCCAAUUUGAAGCACUGAAGAAUAAAUGAACAUUUGAGAUAAAAUUCAUUUUUUCUUGGCAGAAAGAGGAAUUAUAUUACAUCCUAUUACACUUUGUUUUCAGGCCAGUUGAUUAUUUUUUCAACUUUUUAAAAUGUGUAAUCAAAAAAUGCAAAACUUACAUGCUAAAUUUUUUAAAUGUCCAUUUUGUGAAGCAUGCUUAAAACAAAUAAUUAUCCAUUUUUUUAGUGUACUCUAGAAAAAGUAGAAGUAGAAAAUGUAUAUAAUUUUAAUAAAUUUUAAAUUGUACAUCAGGUUUACUUUAGCAUCUAUAAUAUACAAGUAAGCAAAAUUACUGUGACUUAAAUUUUAUUUGCUAACUUUAUUUAUCUAAUGAGAAAUGUUUCAUUUUUUGAUAAGUGUGUCUGAAAGCUAAUAUUUAUUACCAAAUUUUGGAUGUAGAAAAACAUUGCAUUCUUUUAAAUUAAAAACCAUUUAAUAAAAAAAAAAUUCUUUUUCUCUAAAGUAUUAAAACCUCUUAAAAACAUCAUAAUAGGUUAUCAAAGUCUAAUGUUAAUUCUCGUAAUUAUUUUAAUUAUGUAACAGUAUUAAAUCAUUGAAAGAACUUGAUUAAAAUUGUGUUUAAUCAAAAAUUAAUUAUAAUUCCUAAAAUAUUAUAUUUCUUUUAAAAUAUAUAAUUGGGGGGGAGCAUAUCACCAGAGUAAAAAGUUUUGGGAAAGCACAGGAAUGAAAUAAUACUAAUUGACUAUCUAUUAUAUAUUUAAUACUGGGCUGUCCACAGUCUGCCUUUUUAAUCUGCUUUGCAAUCAUAUAAAGAUUGUAAUUAAUAUUUCCACUUUACAGAUGAGGAAACCAAAGGUAAGAGAAUCUAAUAUACCCAAAGUUCACAUCUAGUAAUAGACAAGCUGAAAUUUUAAACUUGUUUUGCCUCUCUUCAUAUCUCUUUCAUCUACACCACACUGCCUACACACUGUGUGAUAGGAUAUGUAAUGGACUAACAUUCUGUAAGAAAUUUAGUCAUUAUAUUCCAGCACAAUUAUGGCUUGUAUUUAAGCCUAACCAGAUACCUUAAUGACUUUAGAAGUUAGGCAAACUUAAGAUGUGUAGACUUGUUCUAUGCUGAUUGUUGCUUAAGGAAUAAUUACUGAUUCAAGAUAAAAUUUUAAUUUCACGUCCACCAUAAAAUCAUUUUACUUCUCUUAUUUUUGGUGUUCUUAUAUUGUAGAACAUAAAGGAAAUUUUAAAGGAAAGUAAAGGUAGCCUGUGGGAACUGAGCUGUUUUUUCUUUAAUUGAUUUAACACUAUAUUUGGAGAAAUAGAUUUAACAAGACUUUUCAUUGUAUUAAUCCAUCUUGAAAAUUUUUACUUUUAGUAACUUUAGAAGAUGUACUAUUACAAAGUACUAGUUGAGCAGGAUGUAAGAAGAUAACAGGAGACUGUCCCUUUAUAAAGCAGUUAGUGUAGCUUCCUAUGUGUGUCCAUUUGGUUCUUAAUGUGAAGGUAAUUAGAGAAAAGUAGGAACACACAAGUAUUCAGUGGGAAUUGUUACGGAAUUUGGCAGUUGUUUUUAUUUAACAUAAUGGGGCCUGAAUCAUGGUACUGGGGUAGGGCACUUACCUUAGGGCCUGAAUUAGAGCCAAUCCGGCAUCCCAUAUGGUCCCCUGAGCACUGCCAGGAGUGACUCCUGAGUGCAGAGCCAGGAGUAACACUUGAGCAUCAUCAAGUGUGGCCCCCCUCCAAAAAAAAAAAAAACUGACAAGUUUGACUUCUAAAGCCAAAUAGAAUACCUGGUUAGGCAAAAAUUUAUUGAAAUUUUUAUUUUCUAUAAGCCUCAUUAGUCGAAGUAAUUUAAGAUGGUAAAAAUAUUUCAAUAAAUUUUGCUCUUUUCAUAUUUAUGAAAGUAAAUAUUUUAUUGGAAGUAGCUGCUAGAAUUUGAAAUUGCAUUGUAUUUCUAUGCAACCUUUUAUAAAUUUAUGUUGAACUUAAUACCAUUUAUAUGCUGGAUAUUACAUAACUAUUUACAGAUUAUCUUAUAUAUUAAUUUACCUUUGAGGCUAUCUUAAAGCUAGCAUCUGCACAAACAUGUUAGUUGAUUAUUGAGACUAGUUAUUCUAGAAAUUACCACUUCCAUAUAUAUGGUUUAAAAGGAGUCUUUCAGACUGGGAUGUUUCUAAGUACCCAUACAUUUGACUAUUAGUCUGCUUUUAGCACAUAAAAUUGAAUUUUAACUUAUACAGUUCUGAAUUAUGCAAACUUUGGCCAAAGUUACCUUGCAUGAUUCCCCUCCUACGUAUACUUUUAUUAAAUAAAUACGGCAAAUGACUGUUUUAGCUAGUUACACUAAUGUUAUUAUCAAAAGAAGGCUUUUCUACAGGUUCCCAGAUUAAAGAAUCCUAGGAAAUCUUACGGUGUUUUGGUGCACAGACAUAUUACUUUUCUUCAGUCUCUUCUUUCUUUGUGUUGGACUUAUUCUGUCCCUUGAUUAUUUUACUCGCAGUCUUCUCAGUCAGGCAAGUUUUAAUCAUUUCUGCUUCCCUUAACUUUCAUUUUAUUUUCCUUUCUCUUAUCCAGUUAGUAAAAAUAGAGAGCACUUGACCCUUCUCACCAACAUUUUUGUUCUUCAGUAUGCUUUGAGCUUUUUCUCUAUUAACAUCUAAGUCUCAGUUCUUCAGUCAAAAUUGCUUUGGUUCACUUAGAAUUUUCUUCUCAGUACUAUUUUCAUUAUUUAUAUAUUUAAAUACUUAAUAUUAUGUUAUAUUCAAAUUCAUUAUGCCAGUUAAGUAAAUAGCUUACUAGGAUUGAAUUAAGAACCAAGAUGUUAUUAGCAUUUAACAAUGGAUCAGAUCAUGAGAUUGUCAGCAAAUUACUCACAUUUUGUAUCACCUAAAAGUUUCUAUCAAUUUGUAUUGUAUGAUUUUAUAUUAUCAUUAGUUAAAACUAAAAAGCCAUGCAUACAGAAUUAUGUAUCAUUUUGCCAUUAAAAAUUUAACCUAUAAUGCAGCGAGCUUAACAUUUAUGAUUGAGCCACACAUUUUUGUGCUUUUACUUAUAUUAAAUAUUUUUUCAACAGAAAACCCUUCAAUAAUCAGAUAUCUAUGGCCCUUUUUGCAAAUCAUUUUUGAAAUACAGUUUUGCGAUGUAGGCAGGGCUGUACCAAUUUUCAUUUAAAUUUUAAGUGACAGAUUCAAGUUAAGUGUUUGUGCAUAUAAAGAAAAAUUUAUGAUUUUAUCUCAUAACUGAUACACUUGAAAUAAAAUACUUCAGAAAAAAUGUAUGCUAUAUAUUAAAAUUAUUCCCCAAAUUAGCCAUUCUUAAAAAUUUUAGUCAAUUAUUUCUGUGCUACUUGUAGUGUCACUGUUAAAUGUUAUAGCAUUUUUUAAAAAUUAAGAAUCCAGAUUAUUAAAUCUGGAUAGGAGAGAAGGAAUCUUUAGAAACAAAUCACAUAAUUAGGGUGUUCCUGUUUAUGAUUUUUUUUUUUUGGACAGGGGAAUCGGGAACCAGGAGAAGAGGUAACAGAACAAGAAUUUAUUUUUUAUUUUUUAUUUUUAUUUUUACUUUAUGUAAAGUACAGCUAUUUAUUCAGUCACUGAUUAGGCUGAUUGAAUUGGGCAUGAACUCCACCUUUAAACUACAAUUUUUAAAAAAUGUUUUGAAAGGCAACUUGUGAUUUUUCCCAUUACAUGUACAUUUUGACUUCAGAACCAUUUUUACGUUUUAGAUUCAUGCUACAGACAUAAUAAUUACUUAAAAACUCAGGGCCCCUUCAUCUUUUUUGCACACUGAACAUUGAAAAACUUCAAUAGUUAGCAAACAGUUAUAGUUAAAUAAGUAAUGUGUUUUGUGGCGCAUGGUUCAUUUAAUGUUUUACCUUAUGAUUUGGUUUAAUUUGCAUAGGUACAUCACAUUUCAUUAAUCAUAAAGUCUUGCCCAGUUCUAUAAUUACUGAAUAGAGGGAAAAUGACUCAGCUAACAGGCUACAUGUUGCAGCAUAUUUAGGCCUUAGUGUUGGAAGCGUCACCUUCAAACCAUUUCUGUUUCUUAAUUAGUUAUACAUGAUGGGACAAAUCAUUUCAUUUCGUUUUGUUUUUAAUGGGAGAUUUUAGUAAAGUAGUUCCUCUGAGAUAUAAUUUUCUUGAGGUAGUAAAACAUAAUACUGUCUUCUAAAAGUGAGCUAAUAUAUGUUUGUAAGAGCUUUGAUGGUUCUGAGAAGGUAAACUAUGGUAACCUAUUUAUUGCAUUGUCAGAUCCAAAUAGAAUUUUUCUUUCAAACAGGUAAAUUCAAGCUCCAAAUUGGUAUGCAGUAUAUUUCAAAUACUAGGAGUGAAUUUAUUUGUAACCCGUCUCUUGUCUCAGGCUCUCUACCUUAUUACCAAUCAAUCCUUUUAAAUAAAAUAAAGAAACAUUUUAAAAGACGCUUAACAGGAAAGAAAACUAAAUUGCUAAAAGAUGCAAUUAAAAAAUAGGUUCUGGUUUAAUAUUGAAUUGCUUGGCUUCUGUGGCUUUCCUUUUUCUGGUCACAUUUAUUUAUUUAAACAGUUUGUGUAUGUCUUGUUAUGUUUCCAUGGAUAUUAUAUUGUAUAAGUGUUUGUAUAAGCUGGAAUCAUUCUUAGUUUUCUGUUGAUAAUUUUUCCAAUAAAAAUAAGUGGAUAAUUGUAAAAUACACUAACUCUUAGGGUGUUGUAGUAGCUGAAACAUGAAGAUGUGUAGCUGCCAUGCUUUUUCUGAAUGGACAAGAGAAACAGAGCUACAGAGUAUUCUCUGAGGAUGCUUUUCUGGAAUAGGAAAAGCUGAAAAAUAUUGGCAGUUCCCUCAGAACCCUCUUUCUUGUUAACGGGUAUCUUUUGUUGGUGUGUUUUGCUCUUACACUACAGAUAGAUAUCAUAUAUGAAUUUAUGAAUAAUUACUUUCAGUUAUUUUGCUUUUGUAUAAGCUGUCUGAGACCUUGCUAUGCUGUACAAGUUGUGUUUGAUGGAUCAGUGUGAGUAUGAAAUAAAGCAAAUCACUUUUCUUUUGUAUUAUCUAUGGAUGCCACUAUGAAAGCUGACAUUAAGCCACUAAAGAGUUUUCUAUCAAUAAUUGUAAGUAAAUGCUUUGAUAUAUAUAAACCUAAAUAAAAAAGAUUGUAUUGAUACAGAAGAGACAUUGGAGAAGGAGAUUUUAAGACAGUUCUUUAGGUUUAAAAUGGCUUGCUGUAAAAUGGUGCAUUAUUCCAUUUAUUAAAGAUCAUAUUAAUGACAA